UUUGUUUGUUGUUGUUUAAAAGUAUUUUUAUGAUGGAAAACUAUGAGGAAACGUAUAAUUCGAUUUGCCGCAUAUGUUUGAAUUACGGAAACAAACAAAAUAUGGUGUCAUUAAUUGAUAAUAAAACAAAUGAUGGCAUUAGUUGCCAUGGCAAAGCCGUUCUAAGUUUUACAAACAUUUCAAUUGAUAAACAAGAUAAUUUACCAUCGUUAAUGUGUAAAAAAUGUUUAUAUUUGCUAAAACAAGCUAUUUACUUUAAAUUAAUAUGCGAGUCAAGUGAUAGAUGCUUACGAAAAUUUGUUAAUAUUGUGGGUGACAAUAUCGAAAGAAUGAAAGAAAAAGUCGUUGAAUACACAAUGUUAAGGUUUUAUUUACCGAACGAACAAUUAUAUUCUUUGAAUAAAACCAAUAAAAAUAAUAAAAGAAAAAAAUGUGACCUCAAUUCUAUUACAAACGAAAUUAUUGAUUUGUCAGAAAAUAAAUUGAAUGACGAAACUCAAAUCGCUGGAGAUUGUUAUGAUGAUCAAUCUGAUAUAGAAAAAGGCAAAGAAGAUGAAGAUGAAAUAUUAGACAAUAUGGAAAAACUGUUUAAUACAAAUAUGUUUACUAGUCAGCAAAAAAAAACCAAGCCAUUCAAGAGAAAACAUUUAAAAAUAAAAAGAAAACUUGUUAAAAGGCAAAAAAUGUUAGCAAUGCAAAAAGCAGUAGAACAAAGAAAAAACAUGAAAUUGAUUUGUAAAGUAUGUAACAAAGUUCUCGCAAACCAACACACAUAUGAACAUCAUAUGCAAAGACACAAUGGCUGCAGAUACAUCUGUGAGCACUGUGGCAAAGGAUUUCCAGUUCGAACCGAACUUCAAAUUCACCAAGUAUCCCGUCAUGGAACAGGACCAUACUUACAAUGCUCGCACUGUCCUUUCAAAGCACCUAGAAAAUUCGAUUUGAUUGAACACGAGAGGCUGCACUCCGGGGAACGGCCUUACACGUGCGAAAAGUGUGGCCUUACUUUUAGACGACGUGGAAUAUGGAGAAAGCAUUUGAUUUACCACACAGAAAAAAAAAUUCAAUGCCCACAUUGCCCAAGAAAAUUCUUCCAAAGAAGUGAAAUGUUAGCGCAUGCUAAUAAUAUUCACGAUAGGGUAUAUGUGUAUUUGUGUAAUAAAUGCGGUGCUACUUACGCUAAGACGGCGACUGUGAGACGGCACAUGUCUGAACGCCAUGGAAUUCCAAGAGAAAUGCAGGGGAAAAUUAUAAGGGUCAAUAAAGGGAUUGGUUAUCAUCAAGAACAGUAAAGCAACAAAACCGUGUUCUUCGACCGAUUAAACGACUGAUCUGUAGAUUUAUAAAACAACUGAUGACUCAAAAACCAAUUUGC